AGGCUUCGGGUUCCCCCGAUGGGGACGUCCCGGGCCUCAACACCCCGAUUUCGGUUUGGGGGUCAGCCCCGGACGCGGCUGUCGCUCCACUUCACGGGGCUUUUCCAUCUGGCAGCGCGCGCGCCCCCCCGCCGGCCCCCCCUCUUCGGCGGGGGAAAUUGCACGUUCGGUUCUGCCAUCGGCGGAGAUACCUGUUUUUAGUAAAACUUGGGCUGCAAUUACCGCUUUUAAAAAGGAGGGUGGAGAAAAUUCUGCUGUUGGAAAAAAUCUUUUUGAUCGGGCAACCUCGCCUCCCCCCUGUCUCGGGUAGGACGCCCAGCCCAGGCGCCCCGCGAGGACCCGGGGCGCUGCCCUGAAGGGGAUCCCUCCGGCCGACCGACUGCGUCGCUGCUGUCGCCGUGACCUGCGGUUCCCACCAGCGUGUGUGUCUUGGACUUUCGGCUUUAAUGAUAACCUUUGAUUUCACCCAGAGACUGACUUCACGAUAGAAACACCCACAGCUGUGUCAAUGGUGGGGGACAGAUAGUGGUGGCCGGCGAAGGACACACCCGCAGCCCCAGACGAUGAGCAUGCUCAAGCCCAGCGGGCUCAAGGCCCCCUCCAAGAUCCUCAAGCCCGGGGGCUCGGCCUUGAAGGCCCCCACCACUGUUGCAGCUCCAGUAGAGAAAACCGUGUCCAGUGAGAAAGCGUCGGGCAUUCCAGUCUCUGAGACACAAGAGGAAUUUGUGGAUGACUUCCGAGUUGGGGAGCGAGUUUGGGUGAAUGGCAAUAAACCUGGAUUUAUCCAGUUUCUUGGAGAAACCCAGUUUGCACCAGGCCAGUGGGCUGGGAUUGUCUUAGACGAGCCCAUUGGCAAGAAUGACGGCUCGGUGGCCGGAGUUCGUUACUUCCAGUGCGAACCUUUAAAGGGCAUAUUCACCCGGCCCUCGAAGCUAACCAGGAAGGUGCAAGCCGAAGAUGAAGCCAACGGCCUGCAGAUGCCCCUCGCGGCCAGAGGGACUUCGCCUCUGCCCGCUCCCAGCGCCUCCCCGGCCACUCCCGCGAGCACGCCCCACAAACCCGUCCAGCCAGCCCCGAAGGAGCCUCCAGCUCCCACGCAGAUGAGCAACCUGACAAAAACCGCCAGCGAGUCCAUCUCCAACCUCUCCGAGGCCGGCUCAAUCAAGAAGGGAGAGCGAGAGCUCAAAAUCGGAGACAGAGUGUUGGUUGGCGGCACUAAGGCUGGCGUCGUCCGGUUUCUCGGGGAGACCGACUUUGCCAAGGGGGAGUGGUGUGGCGUGGAGCUAGACGAGCCUCUUGGGAAGAACGAUGGGGCUGUGGCUGGAACCAGGUAUUUCCAGUGUCAGCCCAAGUAUGGCCUGUUCGCUCCCGUCCACAAAGUCACCAAGAUUGGCUUCCCCUCUACCACGCCCGCCAAGGCCAAGGCCGCCGCCGUGAGGCGCGUGAUGGCCACUACGCCCGCUAGCCUGAAGCGCAGCCCCUCCGCCUCCUCGCUCAGCUCCAUGAGCUCCGUGGCCUCCUCCGUGAGCAGCAAGCCCAGCCGCACAGGACUCUUGACCGAAACCUCGUCCCGCUACGCCCGCAAGAUCUCCGGCACCACUGCCCUCCAGGAGGCCCUGAAGGAGAAGCAGCAGCACAUUGAGCAGCUGCUGGCGGAGCGGGAUCUAGAAAGGGCGGAGGUGGCCAAGGCCACGAGCCACGUGGGGGAAAUAGAGCAGGAGCUAGCGCUGGCCCGGGACGGACACGACCAGCACGUCCUGGAGCUGGAAGCCAAGAUGGACCAGCUGCGGACUAUGGUGGAAGCGGCUGACAGGGAGAAGGUGGAGCUGCUCAACCAACUUGAAGAGGAGAAAAGGAAGGUUGAGGACCUUCAAUUCCGGGUCGAGGAAGAAUCCAUCACUAAAGGCGACCUUGAGCAAAAGAGCCAGAUUUCUGAAGAUCCUGAGAAUACGCAGACCAAACUGGAGCAUGCCCGCAUUAAGGAGCUUGAACAGAGCCUGCUCUUUGAAAAGACCAAAGCUGACAAACUCCAGAGGGAGUUAGAAGACACUAGGGUGGCUACAGUGUCAGAAAAGUCCCGUAUAAUGGAACUAGAAAAAGACCUAGCGUUGAGAGCACAGGAGGUAGCUGAGCUUCGAAGAAGGCUGGAAUCCAGCAAACCUGCUGGAGAUGUCGACAUGUCACUCACCCUUUUGCAAGAUAUGCGCUCUUUGCAAGAAAAGCUGGAAGCCACCCAUGCUGACCACCAGAGAGAAGUCACUUCCCUGAAGGAGCAUUUUGGAACCCGGGAAGAAACGCUUCAGAAGGAGAUGAAGGCUCUUCAGGCCUCUGCAGAGAAGCUCUCCAAAGAGAACGAGUCCCUGAGAAGCAAGCUCGGCCACGCCAACAAGGAGAACUCAGAUGUGAUCGCUCUGUGGAAGUCCAAGCUGGAGACGGCCAUUGCAUCCCACCAGCAGGCCAUGGAGGAGUUGAAGGUAUCCUUCAGCAAGGGGGUGGGAACGGACGCCGCAGAAUUUGCUGAGCUAAAGACCCAGAUAGAGAAGAUGAGGCUGGAUUACCAGCACGAAAUAGAAAAUCUGCAGAACCAACAAGACUCCGAGAGGUCUGCCCACGCCGGCGAGCUGGAAGCACUGAGGGCUGAGCUGAUGAAGGUCGUCAGGGAGAAGGAGGAGAGCCUGGAGGCCAUGAAGUCCAAGCUGGACAAAGCUGAGGACCAGCACCUGGUGGAGAUGGAGGACACCUUGAGCAAGCUACAGGAAGCCGAGAUAAAGGUAAAGGAGCUAGAAGUACUGCAGGCCAAGUGCGGUGACCAAACCAAGGUUAUUGACCAGUUCACAUCCCAGCUCAAGGCCACCGAAGAAAAGCUCUCGGCUCUUGACGCGCUUCGGAAAGCCAGUGCCGAAGGUAAAUCGGAAGUGGAGAAACUUAGGCAGCAGCUUGAGGCAGCCGAGAAGCAGAUUAAGGAUCUAGAGGCUGCAAAGGAUGCUGCAAGUGACAAGGCUAGCAGCGUCACCACCGAGCUGCAGGGGAAAGAGCUGGCCCUUGCUAACCUCCAGAAAAGCUUGAGUGACGCCAGCCAAAUGAAGGAGGCCGUGGAGAAAGAACUUCAGGUUUUGAAAGAAAAGUUUGCCGAAGCUUCCAACGAGGCAGCCUCUGUGCAGAGAAGCAUGCAAGAAACUGUAAAUAAGUUACACCAAAAAGAGGAACAGUUUACUGCGCUGUCUUCUGAAUUGGAGAAGUUGAGAGGAAAACUGACAGAUAUGGAGGCAAAAUUUAGAGAGAGAGAUGAAAGAGAAGAGCAGUUGUUAAAGGCAAAGGAAAAAUUGGAAAACGACAUUGCAGACAUUAUGAAAAUGUCAGGAGAUAACUCUUCUCAGUUGACGAAAAUGAAUGACGAGUUGCGUCUGAAAGAAAGAUGUGUAGAAGAGUUGCAGCUAAAGCUCACCAAGGCUAAUGAAAGUGCAAGUGUCCUGCAGAAGAACAUCGGGGAAGUCACUCUCAAAGCCCAGCAGAGCCAGCAAGAAGCGGCUGUAAAGCAUGAGGAAGAGAAGCAAGAACUGCAGAAGAAGUUGGUGGACCUGGAAAAGAAGAUGGAAAUGAGCCAGACCCAGUGUCAGGAGCUGAAAGCCAGGUAUGAGGAGGCCACCUCUGAGGCCAAGGCCAAGCACGAUGAAGCCCUGCAGAGCAUGCAGAAGGCGCUGCUGGACGCAGAGGGGAGGCUGAAGGCUGCCCAGGAGGAGAACGGCAACUUGUUGCAGGACAUGGUGGAACUGAGGAAACAAGCCGAUAAAGCCAAGUCGCUAACCUAUUUGUUAACAUCAGCCAAAAAAGAGCUUGAACUAAUGGCAGAAGAGCUGAGGGGGCUGAAAUCAGAGAAGCAGCUUCUGGCGCAGGAGGGCAAUGCUUUAAAGUUAGAGAAAGGUUCACUGUUAUCCAAGCUUAUGGAGGUGGAAGCCAAAAUUACUGUGCUUCAGGAAGACCAGCAGAACCUGUGGUCAGUGAAUGAAGCUCUUAAUUUAGAAAAUGAGAAAGUCUUAGAAGAACGGCAAAAUGCUGAAAAGCUUUAUCAGCAGGAACAGCUCAGUAAAGAAGUUUUGGCUGUUGAGAGAGAGAGACUACUCGAAGAAAUCAACAGUGCACAGGAAGAACUUUUAAAGAUAAAUGUGGAGAAUGAGUCUCUGCGAGCCUCCGAGGUGAGCCUGCACGCGCUAGUGGAAGAACUCCGGUGCAGCAAAGAGGAAAUGAUGGCUGAGUCCAGGAAGGCCCGGGAAGAAAAGGGUCAGCUGGAGGAUCGUGUCAAGAGGCUCGUCAAGGAAAACCUUGCCUUGGCUACAGAUAAGGACGAGAUUAUUGAGAAGCUUCAGAGCUCUUACAAAGAGCUUGUUAAAGACCAGCAGACCUUGGUGCAGGAGGUGGAAGACCUCACGGCCGAGAAGAAGUCAGCAUUAGAGAGACAAUCGGCUCUUGACCACAUGUGCACAGCCCUCCAGGGGGAAAGAGACGGUCUUGCUCAGAGUAACAAAGACCUGCAGUUUGAGAAGGAAGUGCUGCUUGGAGAGCAGGAGAAACUCAACGCCAGCCUGGAGGCCGCCCUCCAGGUUCAACAGCUGCUCAGCACGGAAGCCACCAGUCUUCGCGCCCAGCUGGACGGCAGCAGCAAAGCGCUGAGGAAGGCAGAGCUGGAGGCGCUGCAGCUACAGGCCACCAACUCCAGCCUCACGAAGGUGCUAGAGGAGAUUAAGGCCAGCCGGGAGAUCACAGACUCCGAGUGCCUUCAGCUCUUGCAUGAGAAAGAAACCCUGGCCUCAUCUGAGAGGAGGCUGUUGGCGGAGAAAGAAGAACUGCUCAGUGAGAAUCACCUCAUCUUGGAAAAACUCAACAAGUGCUCCGAGGAGGCCGCCCGCCUGGAGGUAAGCCUGAACGAGAAGAUCACGUACCUCACUUCUGAGAAGGAGAUGGUUUGCCAGAAAAUGACUAAGCUCAGAAGGCAGCAUGAGAGUCUCUUGAAAGAAAAGUCUGUACUGGAAAUGCAUAAUGGCGACUUACUUGGCGAGAGGGAAAAUUCCAUCAAAGCCGUAGGAGACCUCAGAAGGAAGUAUGAUCUGGAGUCUGCAAACAGAAGAAUCAUCGUGCACGAGAAGAUGAAGCUGCUGGGUGAUCUCGACACCCUGAGGAAAGAGCUCCAGGAGAGGAAAAAGGAAAACCGGGACCUGGCGGCCAGCAAGUGUGAGCUGUCCCUGCUGCUGAAAGAGGCUCAGAAUGCCAGAAAGAAUCUGGAAAGGGAACACACCAAUGUAGUGAGAGCCAAGGAGAGCUUGCAAGCCGAACUCAAGACUUGCUGCUCCGAGAAGAACAUCUUGCUGAGGGACGGGUUGAACCUGCAGGAAGAGUGUCAGAAAUUAAAGGAGGAGACGCAGGCAGUGCAGCAAUCCUUGGCCCUAGAAAAAGAAGCCAGAGCAAAGGAAAAGGAGGCAUCUGUGUUUGAAAGCAAUAAACUGCACGGGAGGACGUUGCUCCUCGAGCGGGAGAUGGAAGAACUAAGGGUGUGCACUAAGGAGCUCCGGGCUGAGAAUUUCACACUGAUCCAAGAGAAGACUAAAUCAGAGCAGAGAGUGGUGGAGAUAAUCCAGGAGAAGGAACUCUUGAGUGCAGAAACGGCUCAACUUGCUGCCAAUAUAGAGACGCUGAAAAGUGAUUUUGCUGUCCUGUCCAAGUCCAAGCUGGAACUGCAGGACCUCCACAGCUGCCUCACCAAGAUCCUGGACGAGCUCCGGCUGAACCACGAGGUGACCCUGGCUGACCGCGCCAAGGUGGUGCAGGACAACAAGAGCCUGCUGGCUGAGAUCCGAGAAGUGACGCUGAGAAGGGAUGAGCUUCUGAAGGAAAAGGAGAAGCUGGCCGAAAGCUACUUCACCCUUCAGAAGGAGAUCAGCCAACUGGCCAAAACCAACAGCCACAUUUCAUCCAAUCUCCUGGAAUCUCAAAAUGAAAACCGUAUUUUGAGGAAAGACAAGAGCAAGCUCACUCUUAAGAUUAGAGAGCUCGAGACACUUCACUCAUUUACGACGGCUCAGACAGCAGAAGACGCCCUGCAGAUAAUGGAGCAGAUGACCAAAGAGAAGACGGAAACUCUGGCCUCCUUGGAGGACUCCAAGCAAACAAAUGAAAAACUGCAGAAUGAAUUGGAUACACUUAAAGAAAACAACUUGAAAAAUGUGGAAGAACUGAACAAAUCCAAAGAACUUCUGACUGUGGAGAAUCAAAAAAUGGAAGAAUUCAGGAAAGAAAUAGAAACCCUAAAGCAGGCAGCAGCUCAGAAGUCCCAGCAGCUUUCAGCGUUGCAAGAAGAGAACGUGAAACUUGCCGAGGAGCUGGGGAGAAGCCGGGACGAGGUCUCCAGUCAUCAGAAGCUGGAAGAAGAGAGAUCUGUGCUCAAUAAUCAGUUGUUAGAAAUGAAAAAAAGAGAAUCCAAGUUAAUAAAAGACGCAGAUGAAGAAAAAGCUUCCUUGCAGAAAUCCAUCAGUAUUACUAGUGCCUUACUCACAGAAAAGGAUGCAGAGCUGGAGAAACUGAGAAAUGAGGUGUCGGUGCUCAGGGGAGAAAACGCCUCCGCCAAGUCCUUGCAUUCGGUCGUCCAGUCUCUUGAGUCUGACAAGGUGAAGCUUGAGCUCAAGGUAAAGAACUUGGAGCUUCAACUCAAAGAAAACAAGAGGCAGCUCAACAGCUCCUCAGGUAAUACUGAUACGCAGGCAGAGGAGGACGAGAGGGCCCAGGAGAGCCAGAUCGAUUUCCUAAAUUCAGUAAUAGUGGACCUUCAAAGGAAGAAUCAAGACCUGAAGAUGAAGGUGGAGAUGAUGUGCGAGGCCGCCCUGAACGGGAACGGUGACGACAUCACGAACUAUGACAGCGACGACCAGGAGAAACAGGCCAAGAAGAAGCCUCGCCUCUUCUGCGACAUCUGUGACUGCUUCGACCUGCACGACACGGAGGACUGCCCCACCCAGACGCAGGUGUCCGAGGACCCGCCCCACUCCACGCACCACGGCAGCCGGGGCGAGCAGCGCCCCUACUGCGACAUCUGCGAGGUGUUCGGGCACUGGCCCAGCAACUGCAAUGACGACGAGACCUUCUGAGGCGCUGGCCGGGCCUGAGCCCGGCGGCCCCCACCAGCAGCAGGCGGACUUCGGGACAACCUAGGUUAUUUUCGACCCCGGUCAGCAAAUCUAAGAAAAUAUUUUGCUCGUUCACCAAUCUCUCUUUUAGCGUCCCCUUAUGAGUUAUAGUAAUAAAUGCUUAGUAGGUGAGUUUUUGCACCUCUAAGUUGGUUGGUUUUUAAAAGUUUGGACAAAUGUUGCACCAGAUGCCGUUAUGUUUCUUCUCCCUAGAGAGCCCUCCUAGAACCAGCCCUCCCUUCAAAACACCUUAUUUAAGUAACUUUAAAUUAUGCCGUUACUUUUCAUAUUUGCACUAAAAUACUUCCAGGCUGCAUUUGUAUAUUUAGGUUUUUGGGUUAAGCUUUGACACUGGAAUGAGUUGGAAAAAAAUGUGCCAUUUUGCAUUUUCAUCUGCUCGUUUAAAGUAUUUCAUUCUAAAUCAAAGAAAUAUCUGAGCUCUUUGCACUACCUGAUGUCAAAAUCAUGAAACAGGUAAAGGGAGGGGAGAAGCCCCCCGAAGUGGUGUGGGGACGUUUUAUAAUUUACAUGCUGCACCCACUUGCUCUGCUGUGGCGUUUUGUUGAUUGGUUUUGCAUAAGUUCAGCUUCUAUAUAGGAUAUGUAUAUAUUUUUUAAAGAUCUCUAUUUUGGAAAAAAGUACAUAAUGUGUCAUUCUUUUCAGAUUUUUACUUUUUUGAAAAAGGAAACACUUAAAAUGUUCAUAACAGCCUAGGCCAGAAAUAGCAUCAUAUGACUUUGCAACUUUUUUCUUCAUUGUUUCUUUAUAAGUAACUGGGAGCAUUUUCUCCAAAGUUUUUUCCCUUCUCCAGCCAACAUUCCCAGCAGCCAAUUAGAUAAUAAGCCACUGUAAUACACAUAAAUUAACCAAUCUACAAUCUUUACAAGUUUUUUUACUGUAUUUUUAGAUGAAUGUAUGAUGAGAAAUUCAACAUUAAUAAUUUUGAAUUUUCUUAUCACAAAAAAUAAAUGAAGGACCUCAACCAUCAGAAAUUUAUCAACCAGUUUGAAUCUAUUUAUCUUCAUUUGAAUGUCUUCUAGACUAUGUAAAAAGUAAUAAAUGUAUCUUCCAUGGUACAUGUAUAAUAAGAACUUCUAUAAUUGUAUAUAUGCCUUCGAUGUAUUUUCCCCACAAGAUUAUCAACUGUGUGUUUGACAAGUGAAAAAUCUGUAUAAUCAUUUGAAACUUUGGGUUAUAAAUGUAAUAGGAAUCGUUUCACACACACAGUAUGUAAAGCAGUAUUAAAAUUUGAGCAAACAAGUGUUCUGUGUCUACUUUAAUGAAGGUGAUUCUUUUUGCCAAUAAUAAUAACUGGUAUUCCCGGGUUUCUCAUAAUGGUUUUCCUUCGUGUGAACAAGCACUGCUGGUGCAGCUGGCUGUUUCUACUGCAGUCCUGCCCAUAAAUAGCUUUAAGAGUUCAGUGUUUCCUCAGCCCAAAUGCCCAAAAACAGAUGACUGGAUCAAGAAGAUGUGGUACAUAUACACCAUGGAAUAUUACUCAGCAUUCAAAAAAGAUAAACACAUGC